AUGCACGAGACUAUUUCUUUAGAUAUACUUUACGCUAACGAAAGAGUUCCUGACGAACUCUAUACACUUGUUCAGAAUGGUUUAUCAUCUCAGCUGGAUGUUCGAUUAAGUGAGCUUUCAAAUCCAAUUGAAUAUUUGACGGCAUUGAGUUGGCAUGGUCAACAACGAUUAAGUUUAUUGAUGGUAGCAGCUCUCAAUGGCUUCAACGAAAUCGUUCGCGUUCUUUUUGCUCACUGUGAUCCUAAGCAACAAGUUGAACUCAAAGGAAGAAUGGUCAUCUCCGAUGAAGAGCAUAUUGAUGGCGCAACAGCACUUUACUGCGCAUGUUAUCGGACGCAUUUUACUGUCGCUCAAACUCUGCUCGAACUCGGCCACGCUAAUGUCAAUCAAAGCACACAUAAAGACUCCACAUAUCCGCUACUUAUUCAUGCUAGUAUGAGGAAUCGCCUUGAUAUAGUUCAUUUUCUCGUCGAAAAUGGCUAUUCGGAUGUUAAUGAAACCAAAUCUGAUGAUCGUGAUAAAUGUACUGCUCUAAUAUGGGCUGCAUUUCGAGGUCACUCUAUGCUCGUCAAGUAUUUGAUUGAAAAAGGUGCUGAUAUGAAUUACUCUUGUGACAAUACUGAUCUCAUUGCACCAACACCACUCACAUGUGCCACUUUACGCGGUCAUGCGGAAUCAGUUCGAGUGCUGUACGAUGCAGGUGCGAACACCAAUGUCAAAGACAAAUAUGGCAAUACCUUGCUCAAGAUGGCUGCCAAGAAUAAAGCUGUUUCUGUUAUUAAUUUAUUUCUCGAACGAUCUAUUAAUACUGUGGAAGAUCUCGAACUUGUUGCUUGUUCGUUUAUCAAUAUUUCAUCUUCAAUGGUACAAAUGCACGGAGGAUUAGAACUUUUGCGUGUUGCCAUACAACAUCGUGAGUCAAUGGAUAUCCCAAAAGUUUGCAUACCAUCAGUCGUUGCCUAUGAUUUUGAACAAGAAUGUCAAACGGUCGAUGAACUCGAUUCUAUUAAAGAUAAUCGUGAUCGAAUGUUAAUUGAAAUGUUACUCGUUCGAGAACGUAUUCUUCUGCCUCCCAAAGACGAAACACUAAUGAGACCAUUGCUAGAUUAUGGUGAUGUGCUAGUAAAUAGAGGAGAAUUUGACAAAUGCCUCUAUUUGUGGGUUCAUGCUUUUUAUCUUUAUCAACAAAUGGAACUGGACACUAUUCUUCAUCGAUUUGUCUGGCUUUUCUGCAAGAUGAUGACAGCAAAUCAAACAAUACCUGCCAAGCGUUUCGUACAAGUAUGCCGUCUUACUUUUGAACCGUCACAGAAUAAAUACAAUGACGAUAAUAUUGGCAAUGAGCUCUGCCUCGUUGUCCUUGCAGCUGAGAUUCUCGAACAACAGGGAAUAACUAGAGAAGAACAAAGUUCCAUUUGCUGUUGGAUUAAUGAUUUGUGUCGACAACGAAGAAGAACUUUAGAUGGACAAACUUUACUUCAUCUUUGUGUCAAUGAACAAACUAAUAAAAGACUAGAAUGGCGUCGCAGGGAUACUAUUUCAUUUCUAAAAUUCCCCAAUGCGUCUGGACUUCGACUGCUACUUGCUUGCGGAUAUCGUUGGCUCGAUUUGGAUGUGGUCGAAUGGUUAGAUGGCAAUACACCACUUCAUUUAAUAUGUUGUGGAUCAGAAGAUCAAGAAAUCAUCGAACUACUCGUCAAUGCUAGGGUGCAUAUCGACUGCGUGAAUGCAUAUAGAAAAACUCCUGUGGACUAUGUAGAAAAUGAAAUGACAAGAGCUUUUCUCAUGUCAAAACUGACUCCACCUCAUCUCAAAUGUUUAUGUGCGCGUGUCAUUGCUAACAAACGAUUGGAUACCAGUAUUCUGGGACCACCAUCGUCCGUUAUAAAUGCGUUUAUUUCCUUGCAUGGCGGCUUACUACGUGAGACUGAUAAUGAUUGA